CUGACGUUUGGCGAUUUAUUUUGUAUGUUUUCUUCACCAAUUCAAUGGUUUUCUUUCCUUUCUUUUAUCAUAAACCUGCCCACUAAAAUUUAUAUUUUUUUUAUUUCUCGUUAUCUUUUAUCGCUGUAAAACUCACGUAUUCUUUAAUUGCAACUUCGUAACAGUAUAGUUUAAUUGAUGACUAAAGCAUUACGUGUUUUUUGCUAUAUGCUUCGUCUGCUAGUCAUUUGAAAAUAUUGUGAUGUCCAUUUACUAUUUCUUAGUGGUACUUGUUUUUACAAUUGAAUAUGUGACUACAGAAGAAGAAACUUUACUAGGAAUGACGAGAGCAGAAAGAUUGAGUCUAAGGGAAGAAUCCCGUAACAUGUUCUACCAUGCCUAUGAUGCAUACAUGGACAAUGCCUACCCAGCAGAUGAGUUAAUGCCUCUCAGUUGUAAAGGUAGAUGGAGAGGAGUCACACCAAGUCGGGGAGACAUGGACGAUGUCCUUGGAAAUUUCUCCUUAACGCUGGUGGACAGUCUAGACACUCUGGUGGUAAUGGGUGACUUCUCAGAGUUUAGUCGAGCUGUAAAGUUGAUCAUCAAUGACGUCACUUUCGACCACGACAUCAUCGUGUCUGUCUUCGAGACCAACAUACGUGUGCUGGGUGGUCUUCUAUCAGCUCAUGUUUUGGCGACGACUUUGAAAUACGAAGUACCGGUUUUACAAUGGUACAAUGGAGAAUUGUUAGCAAUGGCUGAAGAUCUCGGGCGGAGGCUUUUACCAGCAUUCAAUACAUCCACUGGCAUUCCGCAUGGACGUAUAAACCUUCGCCAUGGAAUAAAAGGUCUCUCGGAGUCAAGGGAGACAUGCACUGCUUGUGCCGGGACCAUGAUUUUGGAAAUGGCGGCACUCUCUCGUCUCACUGGCCAGCCUUUAUUCGAACAGAAGGCCCACAGAGCUAUGGACCGACUGUGGAAAAUCAGACAUAGAGCUUCAGAUUUAAUGGGCACAGUGAUAAAUAUACACAAUGGAGAUUGGGUGAGAAAGGACUCUGGUGUUGGCGCUGGCAUCGACUCCUACUAUGAAUACUGUUUAAAAGCAUACAUACUCCUUGGUGAUGAAAAAUAUUUGGCUAGGUUCAAUAGACACUACAAUGCUGUUAUGAAGUACAUAAGCCGAGGUCCAAUAAUGCUGGCUGUUCAUAUGCAUAGACCUCAUUUGCAAUCGCGUAAUUUCAUGGACGCCCUACUCGCAUUCUGGCCAGGACUGCAAGUGUUGUUAGGGGAUGUACGCCCUGCGGUGGAAACUCACGAAAUGCUGUAUCAAGUGAUGCAACGUCACACUUUCAUACCAGAGGCUUUCACAUCUGACUUUCAGGUCCAUUGGGGUCAACAUCCUCUGCGCCCGGAAUUCUUGGAGUCCACAUACUUUCUCCAUCGGGCUACUGGGGACGACCAUUACUUGCAAGUGGGCAAAAUGGUCCUAAAGGCCUUGCAGCAACACACUAGAGUGCCUUGUGGCUAUGCGGCAGUGAAUGACGUCAGAACAAGAGUGCAAGAAGAUAGGAUGGACUCCUUCGUGCUGGCUGAAACCUUCAAAUACUUGUACAUGUUGUUCGGAGACGAUAAAGACUUGCCCGUGAAACUGGAAGACUACGUUUUAACCACCGAGGCCCAUUUCUUGCCGUUGUCUUUGGCCACUAACGGACGGAAUAGCACGCAUUUGAACAUCAAAAUUGAUGACGACGACGAAGACAAGUAUAGGAAAACGUGUCCCAAUACGGCUUCCCUCGUGGCGGAGAAGCUGCGUCAGCCGAUGCGGCAGAUGCUGGGCUCGACGGCCGCGCGACCGCCCGCGCGUCUGCGUCCGCUCAAUGACCCGCGCCAGAUCCACGCGCUCUCCGACAUGGGCAUAUCCGUGCUCACGUUGCCCGACGGCCGCGUGCAACUGCUCUACACCACCAACACUGCUAGAUCAGCGAGAGAUGCAGCUGAAGGUCUUACAUUUAUGCGCGAAAUGUCCAAAUGGAACACGUUGGGCGACACGGAGAAUGGAGUUGUUGCCGCCGGAGUCAAAAUCAACGACAAGAUAUUCCCAGCCGGCCCGGGGCAUUUCGGGAAAGACAUAUCCGGAACAGACAGAUAUGUCGGGACACCCGUCUUUGUCACUCCCAUAGACGCCUGCACUGCAGUGGAAAACAAAGAGGAAAUAGAAGGAAAGUUUGCGAUCGCAACGCGAGGUCAAUGCACGUUCGCACAGAAAGUGCGCUUCAUUCAAGAGGCCGGGGCGACGUUCGCGCUCAUACUGGACAACGUCAAAGACUCCAGCUACGAAACCACCGCUCUGUUCGCCAUGUCCGGGGACGGGAAGGACGACAUUGAUAUCCCAGCCGUAUUCCUCUACUCCCUAGAAGGCUUGUAUUUGACUGAGGCGUUACGUGAUGAUCCCGAAUUGACUGUGGUUAUUGGCGAACUUAGGUCCAUGAAACAGGAAUUCGAAAAUUUUUGCGACAACGAAAGUUGCGAACCCAUCACUAACGCGAACAUUUUACCCGGAGAUAAGGAAUCCUUCGACCACUUGAGAAAGGUCCUCAGUCAGCUAGUAGCUCAAUUCGAGUUGUCUUUGUCGAACGAAGACCCGUCUCUCAAGACGUGCAGCGACAACACUCAGGAUGUAUACGUGGCCAAAGAGUUCGUGAGUGAGGAUACGUGCGAACAGAACGUUUCGACGGUUAGCAAUGACGUGAAAGAAGAUACCAAAUCUAGUGGCAAGCAUACGAACGAUGCGGAGAAGAAUAAAUCGGGUGAUUUCUGACACAGGAGUAUACCACCUUCAUGCAAUUGUACAUAAUUUAUCAGUGUUCUAUCAACAUUUGUAUAAAAUUGUACAUAUUGAAUUUUAUAUUAGGUUAAGCGUUAUUAAGAGUUGUAUAGAUUUUCGUGCCUUUGAAAUAUGAAUUAGUUGUUUUUUAUAUCACGUAUUACUCUCUUCAUAUCUAUUUUAUAUGGUUUCUUGAAAGUAUAUAUAAUAAUGUAUUAUUGUUUGGCUAACGAAAGAUGAGACACUUAAAAAGGCUAGAACAUAAAAACAUAAACCCUUCCUUUUGACUUUCCCACAGUCAGGUAAAAAAAGGGUACGACUGAAUCUAAAAGUACAUCACAGAAAUAAUCACAAAGUACAAUAUCAUUUUAUUAUUUACUUGUACAGUAAUCCUUAAUACUGCUAUUUUCCAUAUUUAACAUGUUAUACUAAUGUUAGUGAUGUGUACGUUUUAACUGGGAUGUGUAUGUACUUUUAAAUAAACGCCAUCAUUUUAAUUUUCACAUUAUAUUUUGAAUAAGUAGAAUUUAAUAUUCAGAUGAAAUUCAACGAAAAUAAUAGGUGCUAUUUUAAGGUACAUAAUUUUACUGUUGCAUGAACAUUACAUUUAUCUAAUAAUCUAUUUAUUAUGUUAUUGGGCGUAUAUUUGCCGCGUGCGACCAGUGUACGCCGAAGCCGACUUUCAUACAAAUACCAAAAGAUCUUGGCGCAAUUCGCAAGCAGCGUUACAGUUUGAAUUGGGCUAAGGUGUACUGGAGCUUCUAAAUGGAUUUAAUUUUGAUAUAUUAUUCUAUUUUUAUUUUUUUAUUUAAAAUAUUGUUUAUUUAUUGAAAUUCAAUGAAAUUUUCAAAUUAUUUAUUAAAAAGUUACGUUCCAAUCAUACGUUUUAUGGCACGCCUAAAUUCAAAGAGAUUUAUAAAAUAAAUCAGGGUGUACUUAAAAUGUACGAGUAAGUGUAAAAUAAGAAAAUAUUUAUCUAUAACAUCGACGACAGCAAUAACAAUAAGUCAAGUGCAAUUUUACUGUAACGAUCUUAUUGCUAAUAUUCAGGGUGCAACCAAAACGCAAAAACUUAGCGUUAUUUUUAUACUACCUUAACAUAAUUCAAUGCCUAUAUAAUCAUUUGCCUCAUUUUGCAGUUUUAGUGAUUUAGUAUUUUUCAAACCCGCAUUGUAUAGCGUGCAAAACUCGGGUCAAUGCUCCACUUACGACGCGGCAUUGACUUCGAGUGACCUAUUUACGUAACGUUCGUUGACCUCUAGCGUCACUCAGAUGUUUUAUUUCCGAUAAAUUGUGAACUUUUAGAAAGUACCUAUAGGAUUUUUUAAAUUUUUUUUUCGUAGCUUUUUUUACGGUAUCUUAUAACUUGUCUUCGUUUUUGCAAGCGUUCUGGUUACACCCUGUAUAACACACAAAAAAUCUACCCAUGUCCUUUAUAGACUAAAACCAUCAUCUGUGUGUUCGUGCGUCGUUCACCUGACUAUAGCCGUUUGAUUUAUUUGUUCGUGAUCCGUGCAUACGCAGUUGCGUGCGCCAAUUUCAAAUUUUAAGUAAAUUUUAAUUUUAAGCACUUGUCAGAGAUAAGGACGCACGCGCAAAACUAAUUUUAUCAGCUUUGCCCUUUUUGUUUUUGAAAAAAUUGUAUAAUUGAGUAUAAAAUAUGUGUAAUGUAGAAGUUAAAUAAGUCAAAAUGUUCGUACUUUAGGUAGGUAUAUAUAGGAAUACAACUAUUGUAUAUUUGUAAAAUUGUAAAAAAAUUAAACGAAGCGCAUGCCCACAUUUGCUAGUAUAUAAAAUAUAAAAUCACCCUAUUAUAAUAGUUUUUAUAGUCUAGCUAGAUAUUUCUAAUUUUCCGCGCAGAAGUGGUUAUCUGGCAGUUGACUAUGGCAUGUACGAAAUAGACAUUAGACUAGGUAUUUCAGGAAAAUCUAUCACAUUUACAAUCAAUUGGUUUCCAAUUUGGUUUGUAAUUCCAAUAAUACAAGGUGUAAUCAUUAAUCAUUUGUCUUACUUUGUAGUUUUAGUGAUUUGGUAUUUUUCAAACCCGCAGUGUACCUACAGCGUACAAAACUCGGGUCAGUACCACAUUUACGACGCGGCCUGGACCGUUGACCUCUAGCUCCAGUCAAAUGUUUUAUUAGCAAUAUAUUGUGAACUUUUUAAAAAUACAGGUUAUUUCGUGUUUUUAUUUUGUGGUACCUUAUCAGUAAUCAUCAGUACUAUCUCCGACCUUCGUUUUUGCUUGCGGUUACACUUUGUAUAGUGAAAAAAAAACUUAGUUACUGUAUUAAUUAUACUUACCCUUUUUCAGUUUUUUUCGGAAUUAACGCUCUUCUGAAAAGUAACGUUUUGGUAGAUUAUGUUAAUUGCUGCGUCGUCGAUUUAUUUUUUUAUAAUAUGGGUCUGUUUUACAACAAUAUCAACCAAACCAAAUAAAUUUUGUCUUUGCAUUUUUGUAAUAUCUUUAAUCUGAGAGUUUUUGUAUUGGGAUUUGAGAACCUGUUAAAAUGACUACGUCAUAUUAUAAAGUAAAGCUCGCUCGUUCGAAAAUAUUAUAUUCCUUGGUAAAGCUAAUUUGACAGUUAUAAAGCAGGCCCUAAGUAUAAAUAUUUAUGUAAAAAGAGGUAAUGAUAUAAAAUAAACGCAAGUAUUCCACAUUA